AUCACUGCACGAAUAGCCAUGGCAAAGAAAGCAUUUAAUGAAAAAAAGUACCUGUUUAAAGCCAGAAUAAACACAACAAUCAAGAAAAAGUUAAUAAAAUUGUACAUCUGGAGCAUAGCGUUAUACGGCAGCGAAACGUGGACGAUGCUGCAACAAGACAGAAAACGCCUUGAAGCUUUUGAAAUGUGGUGCUGGCGGCGGAUGGAGAAAAUAAGUUGGACAGAGAAAGUAACAAACGAAGAAGUCUUAAACAGAGUGAAAGAAAAGAGGUGUAUUUUAAGAACUGUUGAAUGCAGAAGAGGAAAUAUGUUGGGACACCUGUUACGACACGACGAAUUCAUCAAAAUCAUCAUAGAAGGGAAAGUAGAAGGAAGAAGAAAGAGAGGAAAGCCAAGGAGGGCAUACAUGGACCAAGUGAAAGAGAAAGUAAAUGUCGUGUCGUAUCAGGCUGUCAAAGAAAAAGCCCAGGAAAGAUAUAGCUGGAGAUUGCUUCACCGACAAGAGCCCUCUUAAAUUUCUGAUGAUGAUGAAGAGGAACCAUCAAUAUGGAACCCAAAACAUCUCGGUCACAAAAAACGCAACAAUAUAAUAGGCUUGCGUUCGUAUCUACACGGACGGCUCGGCUCGCGUAGGAUCGUGCUACCUCGCGCCGUGUAAACGCACAGGCUCGCGUUCGU